AUGUCUUCUGAAUUACCAACACAUCUCGAAAACAAGAAUGGUCAUCCUCUCGAAACGAUCAUACCAUCCAAAACACCUGUGAAUACCUCCUCCUCUUCAACUGCACAUGAUAGCCAUCAUGGUCAAGAAGCAUCCUCUUCUCUCUUAACGGUAGGAUAUGGCCAAAAUCAUUCAAGUUUUGCAAGUUCUUCAAGUGGAUUUUCCACUCAAAGCAUGGAUCCGUUAUUGCCCAGCUCAAAUGAAGGAGGUGAGUUGAACAACAACAACAACAGUAGUAGCAACACAAGUACCAGACCUACUACGGCUCUCACUGCUGCUAGCUUGUAUGGAUCAAGCGCUCCCUUGAAUAUACCUUUCAGAGAUCAUGACGAUAGUGAUUCUUGUGCCACCUCUCAUAGUGGUGGUGGAGGUGGAGGUGGUUGUGAAACAGACAAUGAAGAGAGUUCGAAUCGAACACCUUACUCUCCUCAAAUUCAAUCCACCUCACUCAAUCAUCAUGACCGUACGAAUACAAAACUCACAGGCAAGACCACCUUCACUUCCAGUGUGACUCAUAUUGAAUUAGAAACUAUUCACAACAGUAAUAAGAGCAAUCAUGGAGACUCUAAAAGUAAUAUCAUGUCCUCAGCCACUUCUGGAAAAUCACCCUCUCGUACUCAAUCCAAUACCAAUUCUAAAACAAGUGGUAGUGAGCAUGGUAUUAGAAUCAAGACAUGUUGUGGAACGAUUGAACUUUCAUGUCUUAAAGUAGUGAAUGUAUUUUCCUUAUUAGUGAAUUUAGUGGCCUUUGUUGCAUUGGGAAUUAUUAUUGUCGUUAGUUAUACAGGUGGACAAGCUUAUAACGCUGUUUUAGAUGGUCUCGACACAGAUACUACUUAUUAUAGACAAAUGAUGAUUUCGAGUGCUCGUUCGACUGCAUUCUGUAACUUUACUCCUUCUGUUUCCAAAAACUAUUCGAUUGAGUAUAACAUGUAUUAUCAAAAGUUUAUAGAAAAUAUCAAUGUCAUUCUCAAAGUGGUUCCAAAAGAAUUGCAAUAUCCCGCUGUACAUAAUAUAAGUCUUGCCGAUUUGAGAACAUCAAAGGCAAUGACUGUGGAACGUAUUGCAUUGAAUCAAUCAGCAUUGGGAAAUUACCAAAGUGCAAUGAAUUUACUCGACUCAGACAAUUACAAGUAUUUUGUGGAUGGUUACGAUAUUGAAUUUCAGCCACUGGUUGAUUUUUUGCAUGCUUUGGAUAUGGAAAGAAAAAGUUUCUCUCUUCUCACAACUACAUUGUCGUUGAUUGUGAUUUGUGUGUCUAUUGCUAUUGUCAUACCAGUCGUGCUAAGUUCGAUUGGCUUUUCGUUGAAGAGAGAUUCAAGUAAUUCAAAGAAGUUGAAACAAUUGAAGGCCACACAACUCUCAGAAACCAUGAAGGAUAAAAAGUCAAGAGAACUCUUUAGAGCUCACUGUGCCUCGGAGUUUUCACUUGAAAAUUUCAUGCUCUUGGAUAAGAUUACAGAUUACAAGGAGUACUCUGAGAGAAGCUUCCAAAUACAAGAAUACUUGUAUGACAAUGAUCAAAGCGAAGAAACUGCAUCAACCAUUACAUCUGCAAGCUCUUCUGAACAGCAACCAAAGAGAAAGAAGAAGAGGGGAUUCACAGAGAAAGAUUUGAUGCAAAUUGAAAAGAAAAAGUUUGAAAUUGCAUUUGAAAUUUACUCAGAGUAUUUAGACGUGCAUGGAGACAAAUCUGUCAACAUUAACAAACAAGCCUCAGAGUCAGUCAAGGAACAAUUAGACUAUUAUGCCACGGGCCAAAGCGAACACUUACCAGACCUAUUGUUCGAUUCAAUUUACAACGAGAUUUGUAUUCUCAUGUUGGAUUCUCACCAUAGAUUCAUAAUGAAUCAAGAGGCAAACAAACAGGCAAAGAAAGAGCAAAUCAAAAAGAGGGAAAAAGCAAGGAAGCUCAAAAUUUAA